AUGGGCAAAAGUGUGGACCACUGCAACGUGAGCAACGCCGUGACAUACGACGUACUCUCGGGGGUCGUCAUUGGACAGUUUGUCCUCGGUCUGCCUCUUAACCUGUCCGUCCUCUACGUUUUUAUCUUCAAGUUCAAAUUCUGGAAAAACAGGAGUGUCUUCCUGUUCAAUAUCGUGGUCGCCGACUUCCUACUGGUGGCUUGUCUUCCCUCCAAGGCCUACAGCUACACACUGGGCCAACGCCGCAAUCCUAACUACAGCCUGUGUAAGGCCAUGCACUUCAUGCUCUUCCUCAACCGCGGGGCUAGCAUUGCCUUCUUAGUCACCCUGUCCCUGGACCGCUACUUUAACGUGGUGCACCUCGGACGGAGGAACUUCGUCAAGGUACUGAAGAAAUCUCCGGAAAUCUCGGUGGUAAUUUGGCUUCUCCUGCUGCCACUCGCCAUCCCGGCCACGCUCCACUCCUUUGAGUGCUGCAACAGCCUCGGACGCAACAGCACCUUCCACCAAACCCUCACCGACAUCUUCAGAGAGACGGUGUUCUUCUCACAAAUCAUCCCCCCUUUCAUCAUCCUGCUCUACUGCACGGUGCGCAUCGUCCAUCGGCUGAGGAAGAAGACCGUUGGAGAGAAGGCCAAACUGCGGCGGGCCAUGUACGUGGUAGUGUGGGUCGUGGUCAUCUUUUCCGUCUGCUUCCUACCGAGCACCGUCGCCCGGGCGGCGUUGCUGGUUGUGCGCCUCAAAAAGUGGGAGGAAGUCGAGGAGGUGGUGGUCCAGUUCUACGACGCUCUCAUGGUGCUGUCCUACACGGACUGCCUGCUGGACCCCUUGGUCUACUGUUUCUGCUACUCGGGCUUCAAGGACGCCUACUUGGACACCUUCUGUCCGUCUUUCUUAUACAAGAGGCUGCGCAAAGACGGGACCCCGUCGUCUUCGAAUACGACGACUUCAAAGUCGCGCAGCACUUCUUUGCCGAUGAUUGAGAAAUUACAAGUAUAA